CACUUCAUCACCAUCUUGCAUUGACACACACCACAUAGCGAUACACAGAAAGAGAGGAGUAGAACAAUCCCACCAUGUUCGCCUCUCGAAACAACCACGCCUUUCGGGUACAUCAACACCAACCUGACAAGGAGAACAUGAUCGCCCAAACUCCUCUCCGACCGGGAGGUAUGCCUUUCAAGACCCCCAUGACCCAGCGAACCUUGCAACCAUCCACCUCGAAAGCUAUGUUCGGUACCGUCGGCCCGAAACGUAUGCAGACGAACGAUAAGGACGGGUCCAAGACGGAACUGAGACCCAGGGUCGGGCCGAGUUUGAUCAGGGAAGCGAGCAAUGUGGGAGAGGGCGCGAGUCCGUUUGCUGGGAAAGGGAAGGGUAAAGGAGUCGAGCUCGGGAAAUCGCAACAGUUGGGUGGAAAGGAUGGGGGAUCCAACUUGGAUACCAACCUAGCUCCUAAACGCCUAUUCACCUCGACCAAGACCCCUCUCAAACAAACCGCCCCACCUAGUUCAUUCCAAAACCCCCUUCCUCCCGUCUCUUCCACCCCGCUCCCAUCCGCUAGUCGGUCUCGCCGUCGAUCGAGACAAUCUUUGAACCAAUCUCAAUCACCUAGCAACAAGAACACUCUGCUGCAAACGCCCGGUCCGGCUCAUCUAAAUCUGGAGAGCGACAAGUUCAAGACCCCCUGCAGACCCAGUUCUUCGUUCCAUAAUGCAUACUCGCUGUAUUCUCCUGGAGAUCAGGACCUCUUGGAGGACGACGAAGAAGAUGAUGAUGAAGAUACCCCAGCUAAGGGAGGGGCUGGGAGUUCGUCCGCGGGAGGGCUGAGUCUGAGGCAAGAGCUCGUUGCGAGGUCAGGUGGGGUGGACCUGGGCACGGAUUUGGGGAUGGAUUUGGGCUUGGGGAUGGGGAUGGAGAUGAUGCAAUUGAACGUACAAGAGGUGCAAGAGGAGGAGGAAGAUGAGAUCGAGUAUAUGCCUCCGAGGGCGCAAGCACUCCCUGAUGAACCCCCCUUUGACUACACUCCCUUGGAAAAGAUCGGCAGAUCGCUCUUAGGGGCUAUCAAGGGGGAUUAUCUCCUCCCCCACCCUGAAGACGACGAAGAGGAGUUUGAUGGGUUUGUCAAUGGGCAGAAAUGGGACGUUCUGGAUUUGGAUCUCGGCGAUGAGAUGGUGGGCGGUGUCGCAGAUCAGAUAGAGCAGGGAAGUGAAGAGGAAGGAGAGGAGUUGGCGGGAAGGAAGGUCUCAGCAAAUGGCAUCAGGAUGAUCGAGGAAGAGCAACCUUUCUUGGCGAAAAUCGAAGCUAUCAGGAAGAGACAGGAACGACGAUCCGCUCGGGAGAAAGAUCUGGCUGCGAAGGUUGUGGAGCCGAACGAGAUCGAUGUCGACGCCAAGGACGUUUCGAGGCAGGCAUCUGCGAAAGAAUCGCCAGCGAAGAUAUUGUCGAGACCAGGGACGGCAUCGGCAACCGGUAGCAGGCCGGUUGAACGAGUGCCUCAAAUGAUCAGGAAACCGAUGCCGACCGCGACCACCAACAGGCCUCGAUCCGCAACUCAGACAACGACCGCCUCGAGAUCCGCCUUGACCAUCAGUAGGAAACCUAUUCCGACCUCUCGCUCCGGGUUAUCCGCUACCCCUGGUAACACUACCGCUUCCCGUUCCACCACCGCGGCCCGUGCUACCAUGACUACCGCUCCUCGACCGACUUCCAGCAUGACGACUACUACGACCAAAUCUACGACCACUCGACCUAUUGGCCGAGUCCCUCUUCGUACACUGUCCAAGGCCAACAUCUCCACUGCUCCCAAUAUGUCCUCUACCCUGACUUCCAAGACCGGAACAAAGCCCGGUUCCAUCGCACGCCCUCAAGUCGAUCCCGUUACGACCCCGAACAUUCCUCAACCGGAAGUAUUCGACGUAUUGGACCUCGAGCUGGAGAUGCCCGAUGAAGGCGGUUUGACCGAGCUGGCUCUUUGAAGAGCUGGCAUUUUCAGCAAGAAGAAAGAGACGAUCGCCUUGUUUCGGUAAAUAUGGAGCCGUGUUUUUGUAGCCUCUGUUCUAUCGUGCGCGCCUUUGCGCUUUCUCUUU